GUUUUACAAUCCCAGAUAAGUGUACAUUUUACAGGGUGCGUUUUAGCAGAUACAAAUAAGGAAGAAUGGAGUCAUCACACAAGCUUUUCCCGGCCGUAGCCAUCCUCCUCCUGCUCGUCGUCGCCACCGAGGUGGUGCCAGCGCAGGCACGAGAGUGUGAGACAGAGAGCGAGCGGUUCAACGGGCUGUGCUUCGUGUCCGCAAACUGCGCCGGUGUGUGCAAUGCGGAGGGGUUCACCGGUGGCAAGUGCUCCGGCUUGAAGAGGAGCUGCAUGUGCACGAAGGAGUGCUAGACGAUAUCAUGAUAUAUUUAGGUGGUUGGAUGGCGACAAUUAUGAACUUAUUCUUCGCAUGGUUUGAAUUACUUUUGUUCGUAUGUCUGAUAAAGUUCCAGGUUCACCGCGACGUUAUCCUUGGGUUCGAAUGAAGGAAAAUGUUUUCUUUCUUUAAAGCAAAGAAAAUGUGUGGCCCAUGAGAGUGUUCAUGGAAUCACAUGUAUCUCCUUUUUUUCCUGUAUUUGUCUCUUCUUUCCGGGUGUGCCUAGCUCCUAUCUAAAUGAGACGUAACUAAGUAUCAUCUAUCUCCUAUGCCAUUUGAUUUUACAUAGAGAUUCAUGAAUACUUUUUUCCUUUCCUUUUUCUUUGAUUAA